AUGGCGCAAAGUAACCAUCGAAGUAUGGCGAAGCUUCUGAUUCUCGCUGCUUUGUUAUUUUUCUCAUCCAAAACAGGAGUAAGUUCCGUGGGAACAACCACCAGUCCUCAACAACAGAAUCCACUUACUGGCGCUGACAAAGACCCAUGUGAGGUACUCUUAAGCAUGCUUUAUCCACAAUUAUUUACGACAAAAUCGCAUGUACUUCAUGACGUGUUCAUUUGUCAUACCUCAGUUUACCAUUCAUGUCUGCCAAGCUAAGCGCAAAACAAAUCCCUCAUCGAUUAUAAGUUUUCAAUGAGAAAGUAGAACAUUGCUGCAAAAAAAUUUCUUUAAGGGAUAUCUCUACAAUGUUAUAAGGUCAUUCAAUGUUCCAAGCUGUUUCUCCUAAAACGACGCUAAAUUCUCCACGUGAUUAAUUUCUGAAGAAACUGCUAUGCUACUUCGGCGGACAAGUAAAUAUCAAUGAAUAUCAAGUACGUUCAUCAUAUUACAAUUUGUUCUUUUUACUUUCUCAGAAAUCCGUUUUUGCUCCCGGAUUUUCUGGGAUUCCAGGGUCGAAUGGCAUACCAGGAAUGCCGGGAAUUCCUGGCGCCCCAGGGCCGCAAGGCCAGCAAGGAAAAGAUGGAGCUAAGGGGGAGCCUGGUGUCAAGGGACCGAGAGAUAUGACGGGAACAAGAGGACAAAAGGGUAAUCCAGGGUCACUUGGUAAAAAUGGUGCACCUGGAAUGAUUGGAACGAAAGGAGAUAAAGGUCAUGAAGGGUCAUGUGGCAGCAGUGGACCGCCAGGAAUCAAGGGUGUGAAAGGAGAGCAGGGAUCUAAAGGAGAGAAAGGAGAAAUCGUGAAUAGUGCAGUGUCACAGACCAACUGGAAACAGUGUGUGUGGAAAAAUGAUUAUAGUGGAGAUAGUGGAAAGAUUAAGGUACAGAAAUAUCUAGAAAAUGCGAUGAAAAAUAAAUAAAGCGUUAGAGCCAAUUUGUCAUAGCCAUCUCUGAAAGAGACCUUAGAGAAAUGCUAUCAAACUGAAAAUAGCAAGUAACAAAUCUGUGCAUUCAAGUAGGCAGGAAAAGCACAAGGUCCUCAUCAAAUUAUCUCGCAAAGACUUUCUUCUUGGAAUUUUUUAUAGGAUUGCUCAUUCAACAAGCUGAAAUCUCAUACAGCUAUUAAAGUCUCAUUCCAAGGAAAUAUGGCAGUGAGAGGCACUUCAGGUAAAUGUAACCGGUGGUUCUUCAAGUUUAAUGGAAAUGAAUGCAGUGGACCAAUGACAAUUGAGGCUGUUGUGUUCAACCACUGGCCAUCUGGUAGUCCUAAUCUGCUUCAUCACAGGUCAUUAGAGGGAUACUGUGAAAACAUUCUACACGGCAGGGUUACUGUGGAGUUAUGGGUAGGACAGUGUCCCAGUGGUCAUACAGUGGGUGAUGCUUACACCAGAUAUCAAUCAAUAUCCCGGAUAAUGAUAGAGGAAGUGUCUAGAGCCCAGUCCUGA